GUCGCCUUUCUAGAAUUAUUCCACAUCAGUUGCUAUAUCGAGAAGGACGUGGAUAUCCUCUUUAACUAUUUUGUUUGGGAAAAGGAAUAGUUUUUUGACUAUAAGAACAUUACUAGAGAUAGCAUACUUACAUUAAUAAUACACUAGGAUUUCAACAAAAUGACUUCCUACACGGAUAAGGGUCAGAGACCCGAAGCAGGGCGGUUCCUAGCGUUUGAUCACCUGACUUUCUGGGUUUCCAACGCAAAACAAGCAGCCAGCUACUACAUAACGCGGUUUGGUUUCCAACCGUUGGCAUACCAAGGCUUGGAAACUGGAUCCAGAAAAAUUGCGUCGCAUGCUGUUAGAAUGAACAAGAUAAUCUUCGUGUUCCAAGCUCAGUAUGAACCGGAGGAGACAGAUUUCGUGAACGAAGUAGCAUACCAUGGGGAUUUCGUCAAGGAUGUCGCUUUCCAAGUCGAAAACCUAGAUUAUAUUCUUGAAUACGCGAAGAAACAAGGUGCUGUAGUUAUCAAGGAUCUGUGGGAAGAGAGUGACGAGUUUGGUGUUGUUAGGAUGGCUACAUUAAAAACGUACGGUGACAAUACUCACACCCUAAUAGACCGAUCUAAUUACAAUGGAGCCUUCCUGCCAGGAUGGCAGCUCUUGGGCGCCGAUCCCAUACACAAAUUCCUGCCAAAAGUGGAGAUCAAUUUCAUCGACCACGUCGUUGGUAACCAACCGGAUAACGGCAUGGAGACAGCGGCUUCUUGGUAUGAACGAUGCUUACAAUUCCACAGAUUCUGGUCAGUAGACGACAAACAAGUCUGCACUGAGUACUCCGCACUGCGCUCCAUAGUGAUGGCGAACUGGGAGGAAACUGUCAAGGUGCCCAUCAACGAACCGGCGGAGGGCAAAAAGAAGAGUCAGAUACAGGAAUAUGUGGAGUACCAUGGCGGGGCGGGGGUCCAGCACAUAGCUAUCAACACUGAGGAUAUAAUAACAGCAAUUGAGAAUCUCCGCGCCCGAGGUGUAGAAUUCCUGACAAUACCGUCGAAAUAUUACAAGAUCAUCAGAGAGAAAUUGCAACUCAGCAAAGUGCGUGUCGCUGAGAGCAUAGACACGCUAGAGCGGCUCAAUAUCCUCAUAGACUACGACGAAGAUGGCUACCUAUUGCAGAUAUUCACCAAGAACACUCAAGACAGACCUACACUGUUCUUGGAGGUUAUACAGAGACGAAAUCACAAUGGUUUCGGAGCUGGAAACUUCAAGACUCUUUUCGAAUCGAUCGAAUUGGAGCAAGACAGGCGCGGAAACUUAUAAGAAACUAGUGUUAUUUUAAUUUUCGAAUAUUUCGACUAAAAAACGUCUAUCUAUUUUUAGAAUGUAGAAUGGUAGGAAUUUUGUACGAAGGAGUGGUACACUAAGAACGUAGUUGGACUACGCACUGCAUAAGUGUAGUUUAAUGCAGAGUAAAUAAAUAAAAACCAUUUUAUUAGA